AUCGCCACCCUCACUGUCACGGGUCCCCCUGGGCCUCCUGGACCUCAAGGACUACAAGGGCCAAAGGGAGACCACGGGCCUCCGGGGGUCCCAGGAGCUGAUGGAGAGCAGGGGCUCCAGGGCGCAAAGGGAGAUCCAGGGGACCCAGGCACGCCAGGUGAAAAAGGAGGAAUCGGACUCCCCGGGCUGCCGGGUGCCAACGGAAUGAAAGGAGAAAAGGGAGACUCCGGACUGCCAGGCCCUCAGGGUCCUUCCAUCAUCGGCCCACCAGGCCCCCCGGGUCCCCACGGCCCCCCAGGUCCCAUGGGACCCCACGGACUUCCUGGCCCAAAGGGUGAACCAGGGUUAAAUGGUGUUAAAGGAUUGAAGGGUGAACCGGGUCAAAAGGGUGACAGAGGACCCCUUGGUCUUCCAGGUACAGAUGGUCCCAUGGGACCCCAUGGCCCCGCAGGUCCCAAAGGAGAAAGAGGUGAAAAAGGAGCCAUGGGAGAGCCUGGACCCAGGGGGCCCUACGGUCUGCCCGGCAAAGACGGAGAGCCUGGCCUCGACGGCUUCCCUGGUCCACGGGGCGAGAAGGGUGAUCUGGGAGAGAAGGGAGAAAAGGGAUUCCGUGGCGUUAAGGGGGAAAAAGGGGAGCCGGGCCAACCUGGCCUGGACGGGCUGGACGCCCCUUGCCAAUUGGGGCCCGAUGGAUUGCCCAUGCCUGGCUGUUGGCAAAAGUGAUGAAUCUAACUCUCCGAGCAUGAAGCUGUGUAUAUAACGGUCCACUUUUUAUAUUUAUAGUUGGAAACUGAGUUGCGGAUUUUGCAAGUCUCAGAUAUGUUUACAUAGAGCGCUUCUUCCUGUUCAUGGUAGUUCACGUGUCACCCUUGCUCCACUUACAUCUGAAACUGAGCGUGUUGUGACACCAGUGAGAAGCCUACCAAAAAUAGAGGCCAGGAUCUCUUUAUCUCACACAAAGAUAGUGUUUAUAUGGACAUACCUGUGAUAAAGAGUGACCGUCCCUGUUAUUUUCUUACUUUUGGUUCGUUAAUUGCAUGGACAGGAAAGUGCCAUGAAAUCGUUUACAUGACGUUGUAACCAAAUACGGACAGUUUGGAAAACGGACGGUACUAACUGAUUGUAGAGCUUAGCGUCCCCAGCCCGCUCCCCUUCCCUGUGAGCGCACCUCCCCUCGAAACCGACUAAACAGCAUGUCUGCCUGCCAGCCUGCGCGCCCGGCCCUCAGAUGCCGCCUGCCACUCGCCGAGGCCUUCAGUUACAGCUGGGCUUCUGUUCCUUUUGUCACCUCAAGGGGGUUACGCCAUGGCUCAUUGCCAAAAAGUGAUGAGGUGGUGGAGGACACAGCUGGUCCAUGUUUGAGGAGCUGCCGGCCUACAGCUUCUGGGGCUGUGGCUCGCGUGGCCACCUUGGCUGACGCACCGAGGGCUGAUGCUGCCUCCAGUUUUCCGUGGGCUGCCCUUGGCAGUGAAGACGCGGGAGGAGGACCCACUCGGUACCCUGUGCUGUCUCUGCCGUGACCAAGCAGGAAAGGGGUUUACAAACGCAGACACCCAGGACAGCAGACUCUUUUCGGUGAACUGAAUCCCAGCAAGUGCUGGCAUGGUGUUUUCGGAACGUGACAGGCGUACGGCGGCACCCUUCUGGGGUAGGCAGUUCCGGGAAGGGCAGCCUGUUUCCGAGGACGCGGUGUGUACGUCCCACCAACGCUCAGGUUGCUGAGGAAGGAGGCAGCCAAGAUAACCUCCCCAGAAGACGGGGGCUCACCGGUACAGUCCCCCCUGAACUGCAGUGAGGGCCUCCCUUCCUUGGAAGCCCCGACCCACGGCCAGCACCGCUACACAGCUCCAGGGACAGAUAUUUUCCAUUCUUUUUCAUAUUCUCUCUCUGUUUUCAGUGCCAGGAAUAUGUAAAGAUGUGCUGUCUGUCUCGCAUCUCCUUUUAAUUUAACUUUUUAAGCCUUCUGUCAUAACAAUUGGGCGCCACAGUCAGUUACCUUUUACUAACCUCUCCCGGUUUGGAGAGCUGCAGAGGGUACGAGAGAGUUCCGCUUUCGUUUUAAUUGCUCUAAAGCAUGAAAGCUAUGCAUUGUCUUCAGUACCUUUUGACUUUUCAUGAUGAAUGUAACAUACGUAGAGAUGAUCAGUUGCUAUGAAGCCAAGAUUUUGUCACACGUGGCAGUAUUAGCUCAUUUCUAAUUCUUAUGGUUCUAGGUUUUGUCUCUACUUAGAUUUCUGUCUCUUUUUUAGAAUUUCUGCGUGUUUGUCUUACCCUCCUAUGCGCAGGCCAGAUCUGAGAUGGCAGAGGGCCGUGAGCUGUCGCUGCCACGGGGGCUUUUAUUUCCGGCUCCAAGGCCACCUCGCCGUGGCAGACUGUGCCUCUCGGCCUGGUAGCUGGCUACUUGUUUUGAAUCAUCUUGCUCUAAGUGGAAGGGGUACAUUAGGAGAAACUUAUCGAUAAAGAGCAGUCCUUCUUCACUGGGCAUCUAAUAUUCCUCCUUACUCAAUGCCAUUUUGCAGGAAAACACCGAGUUUCAGACAUAGGUUUUACUACUCCAGGGGAAACGAACUCGCUGUUGGCUUACGGUGACAAUGGUUAAGACAUAGUAAGACAAGGAUCUUAAGGCCCUUAUAAACCUUUCCACGUUAACCCAAUGCUCCGCUGUCCAAGACGCAGUCUUUGUUUUCCUGCUAAAUUUUUGCAGUUGGAAAGGUGGUAGAAUCACUGCAUCGGUCCGAAUGGUAACAUCCCUCGUAUCGUUCCACAUCCCUGAGCCAAUUCAGUAUUUUUAACAGUGCAGUGCAUUCUCUAACGAUUUCUUAUGUGGCUUGGUUAGGAUGAGGUACUGCGCAAUGUCAGAUUUGUCUUCAGUGGUUUGGAAAAAUGAACCGAAGUACAGGAAAUGUCAUUCCCUUCAGGAAAGCGAAAACCAACGAUAGUGUCUUGUCAGGGGUCCAGGGGCUCUAUAUCUUCCUCCUACUCCAGAACAAAGAUCUUGAGAUGCAUCACUUUUACAACAUGCACAGCUUCGGAAGAGAAUACCUCCACAGGAAAAAAGAGAAAUCUAUAUGAAGUGGGCGUGGCCCUUUGAAGAGUGCCGCUCUGUGCGCGCUGGCUUCUCGCUCUGUUACUGGCGUGACAGCACCGACUUAUUCCAUAAUUAAAGGGAGUUGUAAACUUUCCUUACCUUGAUUUUGGGAAGAAAAAUGAAGGAAUGCUGGCCCCCCGCCUCGCUCAGCAGAAUCGCGGGUCUUCACCUCCCUGAUGCAGUGAUGUUUCUGAAUACCAUUUUGUCGCCAUUUUAGAGAAUUGUCAAAUAGUUUCCAAAUCAGUUAUGUUUGUAUGUUGGUAAAUAGCGUAUUUUUCUUAAAGAUUUUUUUCUUUUAUAUUACAUAGAGGAUUGAGAAAAAAAUGGAAGGCACAUGGGAAAUAAGUCAUGGUCAGGUUGAUUUCUGAUCUUUCUCUCUUUAAAAAAUGCCAGAUGGGUGUACGUUUUAGCUUGAAAGUUGUUCUCCAUUUGUGUCGGUUGGUGCCGAUGUGUUUCUUUCCUUUUCUCUUUAUGGACAAUGCAACUUGACUAUGGUAAUUUCCUCUCUGUUUAAUUGCAUUCCUGAAGUGUUAGUGCGUGGUUUUACUUAGGGUUCAUGAUUUGGCUGCGGUUACGGUUCCCUGGCCCACACUUUUGCUGUGAAACAGGAGAGUGGAACUGAGGAGAGGUUGGGGCGCCAUGGGAGGCGGUGGGGCCUGAGCGUAGCGUAGCUAGCCCUGCCCAGAGGCGACACGUUUGCCUGGGAUCGGAUCUGCUCGUGCCAUGUUCUUCUCCUGCAUCACGUGUUUGCCAGCUCUCCCUCACCUUGUGUUUUUCAUUUACUCGUCUUUCAGCCUCUGAUGGCACUGACAAAAUCAGUGUUAGAGAGGCUUGCACACACCACCAGAGCACCUGGUGCACAAGUAACCCCACAUUUUUCUUCCAGUUUUCAUUUUUUGUUAUCAAAAGCCAUCUUGGAGGAUUUUUUUUUCUCAUGUGGUUUUAUAGAAAACAUUAAAGCACAUUUAAACUCUGCCAGUGAAAGGUCUCGGUUUCGAGCUGUAGUCUAUGCAUAUGAUGCUCUGGAGUGACCAAGACCUUGUGAGUAAAGCGGUUUACACACCUGCCCUCUGCACGCGUGUCUCUUGCCGGCUAGUUCGGGAAACGGUUCCAUCCGCAUGUCCAGACAUAUGGAAAGAUUGCCUUAAGUAGCUUGUAUUUUCAUCAUUUAGGAAAUGUGCUUAAUUUCCAAGUUUUGUUAAUGUUGCUAUUGAAGUGUGGUAAGUUAGCAGCACUGUGUAUCUUUUCUCCCACUAUAUAUUGUCUUACCCAGAAUCAGGCUAUACUGUGUGCUAUUGCAGUAUCCAGUAAGCGACCGUAGGAACAUAGAGAUGCUGGUAUUUUUGAAACCUUGUUUUUCUUUAUUUCUUGAUAAUCCAAUUAUUAACAUUUCACUCUACCAAAACCAGAACUUAAUUCAUACAAACACACUGUCCAGUCUCUGAGAAGUCCAGUUCCUAGGAAGCUUCUCUUUGCAGAAAUAAUAAGUUGGAGCAAUCACAUUUGAUUCUUCCUGGUAAAAUUGCCUGUGCCCAGUGGCGUUAACAUGGUUGACCACGAUGACUCGGCUGAAUCAUUUUCCAGUGUAAAGACCUGUGGUAUCAACUUCUUCCUGUUUUUCUUGAAUUGGCCUCGUAGUGGCUGAAUCUGUUGGUGUUGCCACAGCGGACACUCCUGCAACUUAAAUUUUCAAUGGACUUUAUUUCUGCUAAUCCAAUACUAAUAGACAUUUUCAAGGCUAUUCUUCGUUUUGGAAAUGGAAUGCAUGGAACUGCCUAUGCUGCUUGUUGACAGAACUGUCCUUUUGGAAGUGGGAACUUUUCAAGCCUGACCUCUGUGUUUCAUUUA